CGGCGAAUGAAGUUGACGUCAUCAAGCUGCGUUUAUACAGUGAAACGUGUUUUUGUUGAUUAUUAGCAUGUUGUGUUAUUUUUUUACAGUAUAGGCAAAAAUACACGCGGCAACAUUACAUAAAAUACUUAGCUAAUAAUGUCGUUGUUUCUUGUAAACAGAUAUCUUGGCGAGGAAGAUGAUAACGACAGUAAAGUCAGUCGAUCACAGACUUUAUUGGCAAAACUUAAGGAGAAGGCAAAAGAGCGACAGAAGCAGUGUGGCUCUGAACCCAUACCACCAGAAGAAAACAGCACACCUAUAAAACCCAAAAAGAAAAGAAAAAAUAAAGAAGUUGGUAGUAGUGACAGUGUGAAAGAGUCUGACCAGGAUGAAGAUGUAAUCCGGAAAAAGAAGAAAAAGAGCGCAGUAGGACAUCACAGUGAUGUACAAACUCCAUCUACUGGGGGUGAGGACAUUAGGAAAGACCAAGUCAUAGAAUCCCCACAAACUCCUGAGAAGCCUGUUGGUGUGGGAUUCCCUGUUCUUGGAGGAUUUUCCAAUAAAAACAUACAAAAGGUGAAUAGAGUGUUGCCUCAGUGGCUUGCUAAGCCUGACCUUAUUCAUCAAAACAUUAAAGACCAUCUUCAUCCACUCUCUGAAGUGCCACUAUUGUGUGCUCAUCUGCUCAAGAAACUCCAGAACAAUCACAUUCAGCACCUUUUCCCAGUUCAGGCAGAGGUUAUUCCAGCUAUACUUGAGAGUUCCCAUCAUGGAUUUUUGGUGGGUCCUGGGGGCCAUAGACCCAGAGACAUCUGUGUGUCAGCCCCCACCGGCAGCGGCAAGACACUCACUUUUGUCCUCCCUGUUAUUCAGGUGCUGAUGCAGAGGGUGGUCUGUGAGGUGAGAGCUUUGGCUGUACUGCCUACCAAAGAGCUGGCUCAACAGGUGUGGAAAGUGUUUUCAACAUAUGCAGAAGGCACACAACUCAAGGUGGCAAUGGUGACAGGACACAAGUCAUUGGCAGCUGAGCAAGCUUCACUUUCAGAAGUCAGGGGGAAUCAAAGGCGUAGUCUUGCAGAUAUCGUUGUGGCUACUCCAGGGCGCCUUGUUGACCAUAUCAACAAAAACUCCAGCCUCUGUCUAGAACAUCUGCGGUUUCUUAUAAUUGAUGAAGCAGACAGAAUGAUUGACAGUAUGCACCAGUCCUGGCUCAGUCAGGUGGUUAAAGCUGUUUAUGUAUCAAAAACAGAAGCAAACAGUCUCUUCAGGAGGACAGAGGCUGCACACCUCACUGCUGCCAGUCUUUCUCCUUCUCAAAUGCCACUUCAAAAGCUGCUCUUCUCUGCAACUCUUACACACAACCCAGAAAAGCUCCAACAGAUGGGUCUGUACCAGCCGCGCCUCUUUACUUCAGCCCACCAAGUGUCGGAACCCACCUCAGCUCCUACCCCAACACCGGAACGCUUCAACUUUCCCCAAGGGCUAACAGAGUACUAUGUCCCAUGUACGAUGAGUAAGAAGCCUUUGGUUCUAUUGCACUUUGUCACUCGGAUGAAGCUUAGCCCUGUUCUGUGUUUCACCAACUCCAGAGAGGCAGCUCACAGACUGGUGUUGUUGCUACAGUUGUUUGGGGGCAUCCAGGCAAUGGAGUUCUCCUCCAGACUAAGUCCAGGGGAACGAAGGAGGACACUGAAGGAGUUUGAGCAGGGCAAGAUCCAACUGCUUGUGAGCACAGACGCUGCGGCACGAGGUAUCGACAUCAGCGCAGUGAAGUGUGUGAUAAACUAUGACGCACCACAGUUUGUACGCACAUACAUUCACAGAAUCGGACGAACAGCGAGAGCGGGCAGAGCCGGGCUGGCCUUCACCUUCCUGCUUCAAGUACAGGAGAAAAACUUCUUGCAUAUGGUGAGUGAGGCAGGCAGUCCCGGGAUCCAGAAACAAACUGUGAAACCAGAACUUCUCAAAAGUCUGGAGGAGCGUUAUGAACAGGCACUGAGAGAUUUAGCUGGAAUAAUCAAGGAGGAGAAGAGCAAGUGAAGAGUUACUUCUGACCUGCUUCUCAAAGCUUCUCAGGUGGACAUGAAAUAGUGUACUUCACAAAUUUGUCAGAUUUUGUAGUCUGAUACCCCAGGAAAAUAAAAUAAAUUGAAGAAAAGACAGCUGAAUAAUGUACCAGUAAUAAACCAUUUUAUGCAAUCAUUUA